AUGUCGACUCCAUCUGGUACUCCCGCAAGUGCCGCUAGUGAGGCUCCUAGUGUUUCGAAUGACGCGACCAUGGCGGACGACGAGGAUGUUCCUGUGAACACCCAUUUCGUAGGGGGCGCCUUCCGUUGCGCGCAACACAUCACGCGCUGGAAAGGGCUGAAACGGAAGGACGUCCGUCUUUGCAAGGCGCCUAUCCCUUCUGCUGACCGCGGGGCCGUCCGCGAAUUGUACAAAGGCAAACACGCCCGCAAGGAAGGGAAGAAGAAGGCGGAGGAGAUGGCGAUCGAGGCGUGUGCGAGUGGAGCGAAGAAGCAGUGCAUCGAAGACUUCUACGGGGAAGGGGCGUCGUGUGCGAAGGAAUCGGCAGACGACGCCAUCUGCCUCAUGUGGGCGGCACUUCACCUCCCGGAGCAUCUCGCCGAUCACCCUCUCUGGCGCAACGCUGUGCGCUGCAUCACGGACGCGGGCCAUGGCUACGUUCCCCCGAAGCGGCGGUAUGUUGGUGGCGCCGGCCUUGCGCACUGCCGCGAAAAGAUUGAGAGGGGGCUCGCUCCCAUCACUGCAAGCUGGAAGCGGGAUGGCGUGACGAUAGGCUCGGACAUGAUGACGGACAAAAGUGGCCGUCCCCAAGCCAACAUCCUGCUCAUCAACGAUUCCGGUGCAGUGUUCACCGAAAGCAUCGACUGUAAGUUGGAGACGAAGACGGGAGGCUACAUUGCAUCCGUUUUGCGCCCGAUCAUUGAGAAGGUGGGGCCCGCCAACAUAGUUGCGUUAUGCAUGGCUGGGGGCAGCAAUUAUGCGGCUGCAUGUAGGGAACUCAUGCUUCAGUAUCCUCACAUUGAGCAUGUGCCGUGCGCUACUCACGUCAUGGAUCUGCUCAUGGAGGACAUUGGGAAAAUGGAUUGGGCGAAGGACAUUGUGGCUAAGGCGGGGGUGAUUAUUUCCUUUGUGCGUGCCCACCAUUUCACCAAAGGUUACAUGCGAAGCCCGCAAGUGAAGGGAGGGAAGGGGAAGCAGGUGCUGAAGCCGGCGGGCACCAGAUUUGGCACGCAAUUCAUCGCAGUGCAGCGGCUUUGCGAGGUGCGGAGUGCAUUGACGCAGAUGGUGCUGAGCCCGGAGUGGCAGGCUUGGGCGAAGGGGAGGAAGCCGCCAGUCGAGCCCUUCGAAGCCAUGAUCAUGGAUGCCGUGUGGUGGAAAGGGGCGGAGUUCUUCGUCGCCCUCCUGAAGAUACCCUUUGUCGUCAUGCGCAAGACCGACUCGACGGCCAAGGGCAUGAUGGGCAGGAUGUACGAUCUGAUGCUGCAGCUCACGGAAGACAUCAAUGCGAAGCUGGAGGAGGAGGAGGCGGGAUUGGUGCUGUCCAGCAGUGAACGCACGGAGGUGACCAACAUCGUCCAAAAGCACUGGGACCAUAGCAUGGCGUGUGCCAUGCACGUGGUUGGCCGGAUCCUCAACCCGGUCAACGAAGAGGAAGGCAUCUUCCGCACUGACCUGGAGUGUACUCGCGUCUUCAAAGCGUUUGUCGCUCGUCACUACGCAGGGCGGACCGUCACGCGCAAGGAUGGCGAGGAGCUGCGCGCAUCCCACGUCAUCCAAGACGGCCUGACGGCAUUCAACACCCUUCAGGGGAGCUUCGGCCUACCCGACGCCAUCUCUAACCGUGAGCUCGUGAAGGCCGGUAAGAAGACGGCCGUCCAGUGGUGGACGUGGCACGGGACGGAGCACCCCGAGCUGACAACGCUCGCUUGCCGCGUUCUCUCUCAGCCAGUGUCCGCAUCGGCGUGUGAGAGGAACUGGGCAGUGUGGGAAUCGAUCCACACUGCCAAGCGCAACAGCUUGGGGUCCGAGAAGUGUCGGGACCUCGUGUAUGUUGCGCACAAUUGGAACAUUGUGCGCAACUGGCACAAGGGGGCUGAGUGGGUGACGGUUCUCCCGGGGAACAUCCCUGAGGCCUCCCUGCCGGAAGGGUACAACGAGGUUCUGGAGGAGGAUGAGGAGGAGGGGGAGGAGGAUGAGCUGGAGGAUGAGUACAAGUAG